CGUUGGUAGUUUGUUGUUGUUUUUCCCGACGAUCAGAUGUAAAUAAUCUGAAGAAUCAGUAGUUUUCCGCGGUGCUGCAAUAUCCGUUGAAGUUCGCUUAACUCAGUUCCAAAUCGUGAGUGAAAUGUCGUGGCCAUACAUGCGGAAGAUAUUUUGGAUGUGUGUAGUGGUCCUAAAUUGUCCAGCAACUGCAGGACAUAUUAUUUGUGUUUGUUUACCUGGACAGGCCAGAUUAUUCUGUCCAAUAUGAUGCGGUGCGAAUUCUUUGUGGUUUUGGUCUUCAGUGAUGACAAAAUAUUUGUGAUGUGAUCCGGUAAACGAAUUGAUUUGCCUUCGCAGUAAUCAACUCCGAUUUCUUGUGGUAUUGUGUUCCUCCGGUGUGAAAUUGUAGAGUAUUGUGAACCCUUUUUAAUAUGAUGGCGAUUGAUUAUUGUUUCCGGUUUGUGAUGAUGAUGGCGACGUCACUUUUCUCGCCCUUGUUGUGAUCCUUUCAUUGAAAAAAAAAUCUAUAACAAUGAUUUUUGGCCACGAAAACAUCGAGGUACUCGAAGAGAUUGUUCUGGUAGAUGAUGGAUCUGCCGAAAAAUCAAUCAGCAGCGGUAGCGAAAGAAAGAGGAAGAAUCAAUCUAAUCAGGAACAAAUGUAUGCUGUGUUUGUGGAUGUACUGGAGGAAGUAGGAAAAAUUUUACUUUCCAAAUCGCAAACACCACCUGUGCGGGAGAAGAAAAAAAUAGCGUUGGCGGCGAUGCGACAGCAGUUGUUCAUCCGAUGUGGAUUGGAGUUCUCUGGUGACCAAAUAUUGAAGAAAAUCAAUAACAUGAAGACCGCUGUUAAAGAAAAAACGGAUACCAAAAAAACAGGGAACGUUAAAAUUGUGCUCAACCAACCGCAAGAAAAGUUUUAUGGACUGCUGGGGGGUGUUGACAAUCCCAGCAUCAUCAGCGUUCCGUAUGGUCUGGUAGUAGGAAGCUAAAAUAUUGCAAUGAGGAAGGAUCCACCGAAGGAAGAGCAUGAUUCUUCUGAUUGCAGAACGAGUUUCUGGCGCCGAGUCAAGCGUGUCAAACACUAAAAGCAAAUCAAAAAUCGGCUACACGUGGCAGAACACAACAAACUGUCUAUGAGGAACAACUUAAGUUACUGAAAAAGCAACUAGAUUAUACGGAUGUAUUGAAAGCCAACCAAGAAGAGCGACACCAAAAAGAAAUGGAGCUGUUGGUUCUGAAAAAGGAAAUUGCUGUCCUGAAAAUCAAAAAACUCAGAGAGAACAUGAUCAUC